AUGGCAGAAGUCAUUGGUAUACUUUCAGGCGCCAUUACCUUCAUCGACGCUGGUAACAAGAUCCUGAGAUUCCUCAGCGAUCUCCGCCAUGCGCCGCAGAAAAUCAAAGCUCACCAGCAGCAUCUUCGCACCAUGUUACAACUCAUCCAAGGCGUUCGACGCGAUCUUGACCGCUUCAGUAACGGAACCGGAGUGAUACCUCCCGCUCUGAUUUCACAAGUCGACCUUGACGAAGUCGAGGACUUGAUCCAGCAGGCUGUCAAGAAGGCUGGAGAAUUGGAAACUAUAUUCAAUGGCCUUGUCGGUCGUUCAGAUAUCACCAGCCUGCAACGCUCCUGGAAAUCACUUCGGGCGCAGGACGGAAUUUUGGAAAGGUUCCAAGACCUCACGGUGCUGAAAGACUCCUUGCAAGCCUGGUUGAAUCGCCAGACUCUUCUCCUCUCAAGCCGACACAGCGGUACCACCGAAAACAAGGAAUUUGCUGAACUGGUCACUUCUGGCAAUGCGUAG